GCUUCUCCCCUUUUCCCGCCGCGUCGCCUGGAGCUGCCGGCAGCCAACCAGGCAAUCGGUUCCACAAAGAAGCAUUGUAAGAUGGCUUAAUGUGACUGCACACAAAGUGGAACAUUUCAGCUGAAAAGAUGCGAGCAUAUUGCUGUUCUACAUCUGCUGAAGAAUUGUAGCCAUUGCUAAUUUGAAAAGGCUUACACCUGUCUUCAGAAACUGCUUCAUAACUAUGCAAUUUAAAACUUAACAGUGUGAGAGUGAGACAGUUCUGCAAAUAAGUCAAAGAAGCUGGGAGCAGAAAAAAGCAAGAUGAAUGCAUCUGGAGGAAGCUGUGGGAGCCCUAGUUCUUCAGAACCUCCAGGAGAUUUCUUCAAGGAAUUGUGGUCCAAACUGAAAGAAUGUCAUGAUAAAGAAGUACAAGGCUUACAGCUGAAAAUAUCCAAGUUGAAAAAGGAAAGAUGCUUGGAUGCAGAGAGACUUGAAGAGUUUUAUACCAAGAACCAACAGCUCAGAGAACAGCAAAAAGCACUUCAUGACACUAUCAAGGUUUUAGAAGACAGGUUAAGAGCGGGAUUAUGUGAUCGUUGUGCUGUAACCGAAGAACAUAUGAGAAAGAAGCAGCAAGAGUUUGAAAACAUCCGGCAGCAGAAUCUUAAGCUAAUCACUGAGCUUAUGAAUGAAAAAAACAACCUACAGGAUGAAAACAAAAAGAUAACUGAACAGUUUCAGCAACUACAGAAGGAGUUGGAGGAACGAAAACAACAAGCAGUGGAAUUAGAAGAAGAAGUCAUUCCAGAUUCUCCAGUUCGGGCUUCUUCGUUCUCUGUGGUUAAUCGUAUGAGAAGAAAAAAAGAAAACCGGCAUAUCCGGUACACAGAACAUAGGCACCCGGAUUUGGAACUUGCAGAAGGCAACAGUGAGUUUGGAAAAAUUCCUCUGUAUUCCACACAAGUGAACAGCCACCAUGGAGAAGAAAUACUAGUGGCAGACACCUGUGAUCCGCAGCUGUCCCCUGUACCAAAUAAACCAAGGAUGGGAGGCUACCCUGUUCCAAAGCCAUCUUUCAAUUUGGCUGCAGUUGUGGCAGAAACAAUUGGACUUGCUGUUCAAGAGGAAUCUGAGUCCCAGACUGUGCUGAGUCCUCCCCACACUAACACCAUUAUGAGCCCAGCCCCAGGCAUCAUGCAGUCAGAAGACUCAAGAAAGCAUCCAGCUUCUGAAUCAAGAAAUGAUGACAACAAUUUAAGUCUUUCAGAUCCAUCUCAGAACACUCCACCACAUGUUGACUGGGAUUCUCAGGUAGCCUCUCCUGUUUUUGGAGCUUCUAGCAGUACGAAGAACAACUCAAGUACAAGUCAUACCCCUUGUAUUUUAGAGUCAGGAUUGAAGCUUACUCUCAAAACCAACCUCUUCAACAAUCCUUCCAGUUCCAGAUCUCAUAAGAGUAGAUCAAAAUCUGAAGAUGUUGCUUUUGUUGCACCAAUGAAUCUUGGAAUGGAAGUCAACUCAGUUAUCAGCCAGGCCUCUAUCAAUAGCCAAAUGGUUGUGAAAAAGAAUACUAAUGAGGCUGUAACUUGUGUUGGAAACAUUUGUGCAGCUAAAAAUUGUGCACCUAAAAAUGAGGUGAGCAAGAGUGAUUUCCUUUUUGCACACCAGAAGCAGCUAGAAGGCAGGUGUGCUAAGAGAAAGAAAGCUGAAGAUGAGCAUGCAAUUAUCUGUGAAAAAACAUCCUUCAACAAAGAGAACUCUGUACCCUUUCAAUCAGAUGUUCAGCAUCUUAAUGGGGAUCAUACAGCUGAUAAGCCCUUGGAUCUCUCUGAUCGCUUCUCUGGGGUUCGUUGUCAAGAGAAGAAACAAGGAAGUGAGGAGACCUGUAAAAACAGACUGAAACAGGUGACUCUGCGUGACAUCUUUUCACAGAUAGGGAAGCCCAUUCCUGAAGGUUCAUCAUCCAUUCAAAAUGCAAGCAAUGAAAGCAGUUUGUUUAGCAGAGAUUUACAAGAGGAACCCUAUGUACAAGAAGCAAUGCUGGGAAAAACAUUCUCAGAUAAGAAAAACCAGAUUCAAAUGAAAGAAGAAGUUCCUCCCUUCAAAAUUGUACCACUGCCAAUUUCUGCAGAGACAGAGCAACUUUUUGAUGAUGUGAAGGUUGCCAGUGGCCAUAUACCAAAUAGAAAGAAAACAAGGACAGGACAUGGAGAGUCUGAACCAGCAUCUGUGCUUCAACCAAACCCUUGUAGACUAUCAAAAAAUAAAGUACUGCACAAUGAGCAAGGUCUGAAAGAUAAACCUUUAGAAAACUUCCAGUGGAGCAUAGAUCCAGGAGCUGACCUUUCACAGUACAAAAUGGACGUUACUGUGAUUGAUACAAAGGGUGGUUCUCAGUCAAGAGUCGGAGAGGAAGUUGUUGAUAUGGAUUAUACAUAUGUUAGUGAAAGUGUGCUAUUAAAAAUGAACAAUCAGGAGCAAAACCUGGAAAGCAGUCCAAGAGGAGAAAAAAAAAUGAAUGAUACCUUAACAGAAAUGUUUGAUCGGACGAGCCAUGAAGAAUAUGAAUCUUUCCUACCAGAAGAUAGUCCUUCUGCAUGUGAUGAAAAAGAAACUCUUCAUGAUGAAGAGCAGGAUAAGGGGAUAGCAGCAGCAAGCAAGAAAGCAAAGAAACAUGAGGAUAAACAAGAUAAAGCCAAGCAGAAAGCUUUUGUGGAGCCCUAUUUCAAAAGUGAUGAAAGAAAGAACACUGUGUUAGAUUUUCCUCAUAUUGAGGUUAUUCGAAAAAAAGAGGAAAGAAGAAAAUUGCUCGGUCAUACUUGUAAGGAAUGUGAAAUAUAUUAUGCAGACAUUCCAGAAGAAGAGAGAGAAAAGAAACUAGCUUCCUGUUCAAGACACAGAUUUCGCUACAUUCCUCCAAAUACUCCUGAAAAUUUCUGGGAGGUUGGAUUUCCUUCCACUCAAACUUGUGUGGAAAGAGGAUAUAUUAAAGAAGAUCUUGCUCCCUGUCAACGUCCAAAAAGACGGCAGCCUUAUGCCAUCAUGUUCUCUCCAAAAGGCAAAGAGCAGAAGACAUAAAGGGUGGGGAAGCAGGGCACAACAACUCAAAGAGUAUCUUUCCUGUCCUUAGGUAUUUAUAGCUAAUAUAAACUUGAAAUAAAGAACUGUGUUUUCCACGAUGAUAGAGAAAUCAUUUCGUUAAAUAUGUAAAUUUUAUAAAAUUCAUUUGAAAGCCUGAUGUACCAUGAAACAAAACUAUUUAAUGUACGCUUGUUUCAUAUCGUGUUAAUACAGUUUGUAUUAUUUUUUGCACCUGUCAGACAAUGAGUGUCCUAUUUUUUUUUUUCUUUGAAGUCAACAAGUAAACUUCCAGAAAGUCCUGUCUAAACUGGGUAUCACUGAAAUCGGUUGUUCUUGCCUGUCCAUGGGAACAGAAAUGCAGAUUUUGUAGGGUGAUUUUAUUUUGCACUGGAUUUUUUUUAUAUAGCCUUUCUCUUUUGGCAAUAAUGGUUAUAUCUACUUGUAAUAAAGUUGUAUUAAAUAUGAAAUACAUCUACUGUUAAUAGUUUGGAGGUAUGA